UUGUGAACCUUAUAAAUUGGAUUAUUGGACACCAUCUUGGUGCCUUUCAGCAGCAUCUAACUGAUAGCAAUCUCUUCUAAACUUCAAUCCAUUACAAAUUAAUUAAGAAGGAUUACAAAGGGCAUGGCUGAACAAGAAAACCAAGAAAUUGGCCACAAGGAACUCGCUCAUAAGACUCUCCUUCAGAGCGAUGCACUCUAUCAGUAUAUCCUUGAAACGAGUGUGUUUCCAAGAGAGCAUGAAUGCAUGAAGGAGCUCCGUCAGAUGUCAGAAAAACACCCCUGGGGUCUCAUGGCUACCCCACCAGACGAAGGACAACUUAUAAACAUGCUGGUUAAACUCAUAAACGCAAAGAAGACGAUGGAAAUUGGUGUCUACACUGGUUAUUCUUUACUCUCUACUGCUCUUGCUCUUCCUCAUGAUGGAAAGAUCUUUGCCAUAGACAUCAACCGGGAAUAUUAUGAACUUGGACUGCCCAUGAUUGAAAAAGCUGGAGUGGCUCACAAAAUUGAUUUCAAAGAAGGAUGCGCUCUUCCUCUUCUUGACGAAUUGUUAUUAGAUGAAAAUAACAAGGGGGCAUUUGAUUUUGUCUUCGUGGAUGCGGAUAAGGAUAACUACUUGAACUACCAUAAGAGGGUGAUUGAGCUGGUGAGAGUUGGGGGAUUGAUUGGCUACGACAACACUCUAUGGAGUGGUGCUGUGGCGCGCCCACCUGAUGCACCAAUGCUGGAUUAUGUGAAGCAAUUCCGUAGUUAUGUCAUAGAGGUCAACAAGUACCUCGCGCAUGAUUCAAGGAUCGAGAUUUGUCAAAUCCCUGUUGGUGAUGGCAUUACCCUGUGCCGCCGCAUCAUGUGAUAACUACUCUAUUUGCUUGCUAAUAAAGAGUGUAUUUCACUAUUUCAGCAUUCGCAAUUAUGGAAAUGAUUUGAUUUGAAUUGAGUUCAAUUAAAGUGAUUUGUGUGUAACUUUAAAAUGGAGAAAGAUGUGCGGGUUGCUGCUAAUUCAUGUCAAACUAUAGUAGUUUGCGUGUGAGCUUAUAUUAUCUUUAUUACUAUUGAAACCUGUUGAAUUUUGA